AUGACUGAGGAAUACAAUGAGGCAAAUAAGGAAGUAGAUCAAUCAGCCAAAAAUCUAGAUACAGGAGCAAGUCAACGAAUCAGGAGAUGGAGCCCUUGGGGUUAUCCAUGGAGCUGGGGACACCCAUGGGGAUAUGGAUAUCCGCAUGGAUGGGCUUUCGGUUGGGGAGGAUGUUGCGACUAUGCUCCUUGGUUCAAGGCCAAGAUUUAA